AUGUUUUUCACCAGAUGGAUUUAAUUUAGCAUCUGGGAGUUAAGAUAAGUCAAUUCGUUUAUGGAAUGCUAAGACUGGAUAAUAAUAAACUUAAUUAGAUGGUCAUACUAGUUAUAUAUACUCAGUAUGCUUCUCACCAGAUGGAACUUCUUUAGCAUCUGGAAGUAUUGA